GUGAAAAUUUACCAUUUACCAUUUCUCUUAUACCAUCAGCCAUGCUACGAUAUACGCACGGUUGUACGGUUGUACGGCCACUCCAGCAAUGGAGAGGGCUUUUUGUAAUGGCUAGUGAGAAAAAGCCCGUACCUAAAAAGUCAUAUAAGAGGAAACCUAAAGAGUCUCAAUCUCAAUCAUAUAAAGAUCUUACUCAAUCUAGUGGAAGAAUCCUGAGAAUAGAAGAAACCGUAUAUAAAAAGCGAUUGGCGGAACUUCGUCAGUUGACUAAGACAUUAUCUGCCAAUAUCAAUCGGAUAGAAGAACAUAAGAAGGAGAGAAAUGAACUUAGUCAUGUGCUAUUACCAUCACAAAUUGAGAAGUCUGUAGAUCAAGUGCAUAAGAGUAUAAGUUCAGAUACAACCACUAGUAAUAGUACCACCAGUACUACUUCUACUAGUACUACUUCUACUAGUAGUACGACUCCUACUGGCACUAUAUCACCUCAUUUACUUAUCGUCCCCACCAUGAAAAUCCCCGACUCCGUAGCCGAAAGACUUGGAUUAUCAUUAAAGUAUUUGGUUAAUGAAAAAUCUCAAAACUGGCCCAGAGUUUUAGAAGAACUUAAGAAAUCUGAAGGAUUUAAAGGCUUAAAUUCCCAAACAGUUACGGCAUUUAUAGCCUGUAUACCUCAGAAACAUUUAGUAUACUUAAUUCCUGAACUUCAAGCCCUUUUAAAUGAUGCUAAUAUAAAACUUCAACCCAGUAUGAUACAUUUAUUUAUGAAGGGAGUUGCUUAUGGUACUACUAUAAAUGAUACAUCUAUUGCUAUUUUAGAACUGUAUUAUAAAAGACUUGAAUCGCUUGAAACUCCUCGAUUACUGACAUUUGAACUUAUGAUAAAAGCUUAUGGGAAAUGUAAUAGAAUGAUAGAUAUUAAUAAGAUGUUAUUAAGAAUGAAACAAUUAGGUUUAGAAACUAAUAAAACAGUGUUAUCUAAUCUUUUAAGUACUUGUGUAUAUAAAGCAAGAGAUCAUAAUCAAGCCAUACAAAUCUUUGAUUCUAUGAAAUUCUUUUCAAAAUCAACUAAUCCUGGUACAAAGGAAUAUCAAGAUAUGAUAGUUUCAUAUAUUAAUAAUGAUGAUAUUGAAAAGGCUCUUGAUUUAUAUCAAGAAAUGCUUAAGGAUAAUAUCGAUAUAAAUCAAUCCAUUAUGGUGGCUCUAGCCCGAGGAUGUUAUAGUCGAGAAAUCUUUAGAUAUAAAGCAUGGGAUUUUAUGUUUGAAAUUAGACAACAUGGUUGGACUCCUACUUUAGAAACGUUUGAGUAUAUGUUAUACUUAUCGGCCAAAGAUGGAGAUUUAGCUCUUGCAAGAGCUUUAUAUGCUAAUUUAUUACUGCUGAAUUCUACUAGUGCCAGAUCAUUUUCUUUAAUGCUUGUGGGUUAUGCAAAAUCUUCUUAUUUAUCAUCCACUGGGUAUAAACCUCCCUUAAUUUCAUUUAAUGAAAAUGGUCGAGUAUUUAGAAGAAAUAUCAUUUCAGAAUUCUUGAAAUCCAAUACUGAUGAAUUACCUUUAUUACCAAUAGAAGAGUUAACUACCUCUCAACAAAUCUUAGCGGAAUCCAGUGCUUUAUGGGCAUAUACUCAGUUAAAUAAUCCUCAAUUCAUUAAUAAAGAAAGUACUACUUCUUACUUAAACAUUGCUGCAGAAGUAGGAACUAUGGAUGAUUUUAAAUAUCGGUACAAUAGUGCCACUUACCUUAAUGAAGAAGGAUUAGCCGGAACCAGAACUAUAAUUGAAGAGCCAGAAGAAACAGAGCCAGAGGCACAACCACAACCAAAAGAAAUCAUCAAAUCUCCUAUGCUUACCCAAAUUGAACAGAGAAAGUCGGAAAUUAAAGUGCCUCGAGUUCCUCUAACUUAUCAUGUAGCCCUUAAAGCCGCAGCCAAAUUUAAAGAUUAUCAAUUUGCUCAACAAGUAUGGCAAGAACGAGGGAAAUUCCGGAAAACUUCUAGUUUCCGAGAAUUAUCACGAACAGAAAAGGAUAAACUGGAUUUUGAAUUUGCCAGUAGUAUGGUAUUAGCCUUAACUAAAAUGAAUAUGUUAAAUGAUGCCUUGGCUAUAGUACUUAGUACUGAAUAUCAAUUUAAAUGGUCAUGGAGACAAUUAAGUCAAUUGAAUGAAGCCGCUAAAGAAAUUGGACUGGACGUAACUUCACAAACUCUUUAUGGGAUUGUUAGAAGAUCGCAAAUUAAGCAUAAUGGGAAGAUGAGAAGGAAAGAUUAUAAGUUGUAUCUUCUUAAUAAGAAGGAUGCCAAUUCUGUAAAUAAUGUAUAUUAAUAGAC